AUGAUCCGGAGUAACACCAACGCCCCCUUAUAUCUACCUGUAAUCCCGUUUAAGUCAAAAAUGGCCAGCGAAAGCAGCUCGGCAGUUUUGGAUUUGAAUGAUGUGGACACAACUGACACGGAAGUGGGCAGCGUCACAGAUGAUCGGGAGGGCUCGCCACUUAUAAUGGAGACUGGAUAUGACAUAGCUAUUAAGGUCGAUGGACCCAUGAAGCAACUGUCAACGCUAGAAACGUACGUGACGUACCGUGUCCGGUGCGUAUGCGCACGGUGGCAGUCGCCACCUUUUGUCAGGCGACGCUACAAUCAUUUUAAGUUGCUCCACAAACGGCUGUGUGCUUCCCAACCUCUAGUAGCCAUACCGCCUCUACCACCACUUCAUUCAGCUCGGCAGCAGCUCGACAGAUAUUCACCUUCCUUCGUCGCUGUGCGGUCGUUGGCACUUGAUGCCUUUAUGGAGCGCAUAGCAAAGCAUCCUAUACUAACGCACAGUAACGACCUUAGAUUAUUCGUAAUUACUCCAGAUGAGGAAUUUGACAAGGUAUUCAAAAGCGAAAACAGUGCUUUAAAUUUAUGGGGUCUGAGCAGUGCGUUGUAUGGGAAUGGCGAAGCUAAAUCUAACAAUGGUGCAAGAGUAAAAGACCCAGAAUUCACAGCAGCCGCAGAUUACAUGAAGUCUCUGCAGCAGAAGUUAACUACUCUGUGUACACUAACCAACAAAUUGUAUGACGGGUCCGUGUCCUUGAGCAAUGAAUAUACAGGAAUGCGUCGUGUGUGCGACGCUUGGGGCAGCCAAGUGGGAGGACGAAGCUCGCGUGCAUGUGGGGCAAUAUCUGCCGGGUGCGCAAGCGCAGCUGCUGCUCGAUCGAAAGCGCCUCUCAAAUAUAAGGCGAUUUUACCACUGCUGGCUGCAUACGCUAAUGCACACUUGGAGAAAAUCAAAACUAGGGAUGCAUUACAUGCCGCCUACUGCGCCGGCAAUAAUGCAACGGACGAAAGUCACAACAGACUAGAGCAAGCUUCAGAAGCCCUUCGCUCUGAGCUGGCCGACUGGAUACCAAAGACGAGAGAAGAAAUUAAAACUCACCUUCUAGAACUAGCCGAUAGACAAGUCGCCAUACACACACAAUCGCUCAUGGGCUGGGAAGCGGCUCUGAAACUCUCAAGCGACACAGAUAUCAGCGAACUGUUCAAAACCGUAUCAAAAACGGCCGUGCAAAAUCUCUCCCCGUCGAAAUGCCCGAUGACAGAUGUAGAUAGCGAUAUUGAUAGUGAUUCUACAGAUAGAAAGGGAAGUAAGGAAAAUGGCAGGAUCAAAGCCGAUUUGAAUGAUAAUUCUGAUCUGAAUGAUAAAAAUGACACUCAUACAAACGAGACGGCGGAUGAAAAGACCGACGAUGAAAUGACUGAUCGGUCCAAUGUUAAAGAUAAUAAUGAAAUAAGUAAUGAUAGAGACAUAUCGAAUGAUAUAAAGUUCGUGGACCCACUCCAAAACUUCACGGACGUGGAGUUGUCCUGA